AUGAGGCUGAGCUGGAUGCAAUCGCGAAGAAUCUCAAUCUGGGCCGAUGGAACUUCAACGGGGCAAUCUAUGGUCCGGAGCCGAUUCGGAACGUUCUUUGGCCACAAAUCAAAGAAGCGUUUUCGUCGAUCAAGGGUGUUCAUUUUUUUUCCAGAAGAUGUCAAAGGCAACCACCUCCUACAUACUCGUGCAAAGGCUCUUCAAGGCAUUCCGACAUUUGAUGAGCUGCGCUGGGUCGACUGGCUGCCAAACGGAGCGCAUCUUUUCUUCUCUCCUAUUAGUAAAAUUUCCGGAGACGAUGCUAUGCUACAGUAUAAGGUCACGAAGAAGCGCUGUGUCGAGGCUGGUCUGGACUUUAUGGGUGCCUUUGCCAUUGGUAUGCGAGAAAUGCACCACAUCGUUUGUAUCGCCUUCAACCGGGGAGAUCCCGAGUCCAAGAGGAAAGCACAUUGGCUGAUCAAGACCUUGAUUGCGGACUGCGCAGAGCACGGCUGGGGUGAAUAUCGAACGCAUCUAGCACUCAUGGGCCAAAUUGCAGACAUACAACUGGAAUCACAAUGCACUCAUGCGAUUCAAUCAGAUGGUUAA